GGCGAAUGUUUCUUAUGGGUGAUGUUUGUGUGUUUGUGUCUGCACUACAGGUUCUGUUCAUUGCUGAUGAGGUGCAGACGGGUUUGGGUCGCACGGGCCGCAGGCUGGCUGUGGACCACGAGGCUGUGCGGCCGGACCUGGUGGUUCUGGGAAAAGCUCUGUCUGGAGGAAUCUAUCCUGUGUCUGCAGUGCUCUGUGAUGAUGAUGUGAUGCUGACAAUUAAACCAGGAGAGCAUGGCUCCACCUAUGGAGGAAACCCUCUUGCCUGUAGAGUUGCCAUUGCGGCCCUAGAGGUUCUGGAGGAGGAGAACCUGGCAGAGAAUGCUGAGAAAAUGGGGAAUAUUCUGAGAGCAGGGCUGAACAAACUGCCCAAAGAAAUUGUGACGAUGGUGAGGGGGAAAGGUCUGCUGAAUGCCAUCGUCAUCAAGGAGACUAAAGACUACGACGCCUGGCGAGUCUGUUUGCGUCUUCGUGACAACGGACUACUGGCCAAACCCACUCAUGGUGACAUCAUCAGACUGGCCCCGCCCCUCGUCAUGAACGAAGAUGAGAUCAGCGAGUGCAUUGACAUCAUCCAGCGAACCAUCCUGUCAUUUUAAACUGUUAUAAAAUCCUACUGACCAUCACCCGGAAACAAA